GAAGAAGUUUCCAAGAAGCUAACGAAGAGUCUCACAAAAGCUGAACUAACACACUCGUACACUGCUUCCAAUUCCACCCUCUCUUCCAUUUUUUUUUUCUUUCAACUACUCUGAAGGGUUGUGGAUUGUGAUAUUCUUUACGAGGAAGAAAGGAACCAGAAGUCAAAGCAUGAGAAGCAAUCCCACUUCCAAUGCCGAGGUUCUUCUGUCUUUUCUUCCUUCCUAAACCCAAUACAAGGUUGUCACUUUUAUUCCCACCAACUAGAGAAGCCAAAGCAAUUCCCAUGAACAAAACCAACACUUUCAACAAGAAUCAAGUAUUUUGAUUUAAACUCAACCCCUUCACUCUUCUAUUUCUUUUGUUCAUUCAUACAUUCAAAUAAUAAAUAAAACAAUAAAAGAAACAAGAAUUUGGUUGGAUAGAGAGAGAGGGAAUAAAAAAAGAUGAAGAUGGGGAAAGUGGUGAUGGUGGUUGCAGUGAUGGUGUUGUUCAACAUGUCUUCUUGUUCUGCUUGGUUUGGUGGUAACAAACACAAAAGUGGAAGGAACUCGAUUCUCCCAAGUGAAGCCACGUCAUCACGGUCAAGGCUUUUGAACCCUGCUGGCUCCUCUAUUGUGCUCCCUCUUUAUGGCAACGUUUAUCCUGUUGGGUUCUAUAAUGUUACUCUUAAUAUCGGUCAGCCAGCAAGGCCUUAUUUUCUUGAUGUGGACACGGGUAGUGAUCUCACAUGGCUCCAAUGUGAUGCCCCUUGUACUCAUUGCUCUGAGACACCCCAUCCACUCUACAGGCCCAGCAAUGACUUUGUACCCUGCAGGGAUCCCCUUUGUGCAUCCUUGCAGCCAACUGAGGACUACAACUGUGAACACCCUGAUCAAUGUGACUAUGAAAUUAAUUAUGCAGAUCAGUACUCGACCUUUGGCGUGCUUCUCAAUGAUGUCUACCUUCUCAACUUCACCAAUGGAGUCCAACUUAAAGUUCGGAUGGCACUCGGAUGUGGAUAUGAUCAAGUAUUUUCUCCUUCUUCUUACCAUCCCUUAGAUGGAUUACUUGGCCUUGGAAGGGGAAAGGCCAGCUUGAUAUCCCAGUUGAAUAGUCAGGGCUUGGUACGAAAUGUGAUUGGACAUUGUUUGAGUGCACAAGGAGGAGGGUAUAUCUUCUUUGGGAAUGCAUAUGAUUCUGCUCGAGUGACUUGGACUCCAAUUUCAUCUGUAGAUUCAAAACAUUACUCUGCAGGGCCAGCUGAACUUGUUUUUGGAGGAAGGAAAACUGGGGUUGGAAGUCUGACUGCUGUUUUUGACACUGGAAGUUCUUACACUUACUUCAAUUCUCAUGCUUACCAAGCACUACUUUCUUGGCUGAAGAAGGAAUUAAGUGGAAAGCCCUUAAAAGUAGCACCUGAUGAUCAGACUUUACCUCUCUGCUGGCACGGUAAAAGACCUUUCACAAGCCUACGUGAAGUCAGGAAAUACUUCAAGCCUGUGGCACUUGGUUUCACCAAUGGUGGAAGAACUAAAGCCCAAUUUGAGAUCCUUCCUGAAGCUUAUCUGAUAAUAUCUAACCUGGGAAAUGUUUGUCUGGGCAUUCUAAAUGGCUCUGAAGUAGGGUUGGAGGAACUGAAUCUAAUUGGAGACAUAUCCAUGCAAGACAAAGUGAUGGUGUUUGAAAAUGAGAAGCAGUUGAUUGGUUGGGGACCUGCAGAUUGCAGCCGUAUUCCAAAAUCCGGAGAUGUCAGUAUUUGAUCAUAAAAUAUGCAUAGUUCAGGCAUGCAUAAGGACGGUAUCAUUAUGCAUGUUGUCCUGCAGUUUAUAGAGCAGGGUGAUAGUACUAUUGAAUACCAAUUUAUGUUUACUUGUGAUUUGUGAAUACAGUCUUGUGUAUACUACUAUUACUAUAUCAGUAUAUUGGAACAGGUAUAGAGGUCCAUCAAGAUAAGGAUAAAGGGUAUUUAUUGUUGUAUUGGUGUUACAUUCUAAUUACCGAGUUGUGAUUCAAAGGGUAAAGUCAAUGUAAGUUGAUGCAGUAUUGGAUAUACAUCAAAUAUUCUGUAUUUAGCUGGCAGAUCUCAUGCAUCUUCCUUCUCA